UGUAGUACAGCUAGCUGUUUUGCGGGAAAACCUUGUAAACACGAUUGAUGUUUAUGAAAUCGUCCCUUCCAGCCUUUUCCACCCACAAGUUGAGCCAAUUUCUCGCUUCUUCCACCGCCGACUCGCUUUCCAGCAGCCAAAUUCUCUUUACAAGAACGUUGCAUCAGCGAAAACGAAAACAAUGUCUGUGCUUAAUCAGAGCGGAGAAGAGCAGCUAGAGUGCCCAUUGUGCAUGGAGCCGCUGGAGAUUGACGACAUCAACUUCCACCCCUGUACAUGUGGUUACCAGAUUUGUCGGUUCUGCUGGCACCGCAUCCGGACAGACGAGAACGGACUUUGUCCGGCGUGUCGGCGGGCCUACUCUGAGGACCCAGCCAAUUUUCGGCCGCUGACCUCGACGGAGGUGCAGCGACUUAAGUCCGAGAAGCGGAUGCGAGAGCAGCAAAGAAAGCAGAAGGUUAUCGAGUCUCGGCAACAUCUGGCGGCUGUGAGAGUUGUGCAGAAAAACUUGGUCUUUGUGCUUGGUUUGCCUGCAAGACUGACUGACACAGAGGUGCUCAAACGGCACGAGUACUUUGGCAAAUUUGGGCGUAUUCAAAAAGUGGUGAUAAACCAGAGUACCUCCUAUGCUGGGACUCAGGGCCCAAGUGCGAGUGCGUACGUUACGUAUUAUCGUAGUGAGGACGCACUGCGUGCUAUCUCGGCCGUCAACAAUACUCUGGUUGACAGCCGAUCGCUCAAGGUAUCGCUUGGUACUACCAAGUAUUGUUCCAACUUUCUAAAAAACCAACAGUGCCCUCGAGCCGAGUGCAUGUAUCUGCACGAUCUGGGUGAUUCUGAAGCGAGUUUCACCAAAGAGGACAUGCAGCAGGGCAAACACCAAGAAUACGAAAAGAAACUCUACGACCAGCUUUUAAUCAAUAGUUCUAGCAAUCAAGUCAAAGAAAGCAUCAGUGAUAAUACUCCAAAGGCUACAACCACCGCUCCGGCCGCCUCUGCUUGGGGAAAUAAUAGCACAGAAGAGCCAUGGCCAUUGUUCAACGAUGAGGCGGAGGAGAAUAUUGCUUCCAACCAAGAAACAAAGAAAAAAGAAUCAGAGGAACCGGCAAAGGCUCGCAGGAAAAGAAAAGGCCGUUCUAGAGGAAAGCAUGGAAGUAAAAAGCAAGUACCGGAGUCGAGUAGCGGAAGAGAAUUGUCUCCGUCCCCGCCCCCACAAAACAAUAACUCAACGGGUCAAGAUAUCGAAACUAUUAAUGGCAAUGUGCAAUUAAUCCCGCAAUCGUUGUCAACUUCUUCGAGCACUUCCUCAAUAUCUGAUGAUGCGAAUGGGAAAGAAGAUUUUAAAGUAGAGGCAACGCAGCCAAUUCCUGAGAGCGCACCCACGGAAUUCUCUCAUUUCCCAAUCGAUGGAAAUCAUUUGGAAAGCAUCAGUUUGCAAGCGGCCUUUGGUUUCGAGCCAACUGAAUUACCCAAUGGUUGUCCUCCAGGUGCAUUGGACGAAGGUGAUGAUGAUGACGACGACGACGACGAUUUAGGAUUUGAUCCAUUUGCCGAGACGCAAAAAGGCUUGGCUGAAUUGAUCGAGUCGGAGAAGCAAAAGCAGCAGCAACAUCAGUUGCAACAAAGCAGAUCGAUGACGGCGAUCAUGCAACAACAAACGAACAACAAUUUAGAACAGCUUUUUCGCUCGGGCGAUCUGCACCGUCCCACCUCACACCACGAUUUACCUUUUGAGUUUGACGCCAGACGCGCGCCUCCCCCGGGUUUUAAUGGGCUCGCUGCACCGUCCAACCGGCCUGCUAUGCAGCCUAGAGCAUUUAACGAUAUGAGUCAGCCUGCUUCCUUUAUAUUUGGUCGGGUUAUCGACAAGGAACCGAAUCCCCCUGCUCCAUCAGGUUUUAGUUUUGCCAACUGGCAGGCAUUGCUGCCCAACCUAGGCAGCAGCUACACAAGCAACGGUGCCCAAAGACCCGCGCCUAUGCAGCAAAGACCCGUGCAAUCUGAUUGGACGGCAAUGGACCCGGCGAUCAUGGCAGCAAGUGCACGGCCCAGACCCGAGUCAAGCAAUUUGAGAGAUCAGCUCAAUAUAAUGACUACUGAAAGGCUCUACCUGUCCGACAGGUCUCGCACAAAUUUAGACUGGUCUGGCAAACUGGCCCCUCCACCAGGUUUUACUCGCCGUUAUUAAUUGAAGCGUGCUGAGGGGAAGGUGCCUUGACCAGAAGUGCUUGACACGUCUUGACCUUGGCGCUGGUGCGAGUAUUUUUCGAUUUAUAUAUAAAAAUAUUACGAGUUAUAAAUCCAUUCUUACCACCCAUGAAGAAAAUAACUGCAAUAAACCUCUGAUACACGAACA